UUGAGUUCACAAAAGCACACACAAAGUUUACCGCCUCCCCCCACAUUCGACGAGAGCAAUCAUAUUCGUAGCCCCCAACCGAUUCGAAACGGAGAAAUCCCAACUACAACAACCACAACCAAAAUACUGCAGCAAAAAUGUUUGAAAUUGUCUGUUACAUUUGCGUGGCAUUCAUGCUGGGAUUGCUCAUUGGAAUGCCAUCGAUGGGUGAUGCGGAGCCAUUUAAUGAACGUUUGACCAUCUAUGCGGAUCCGGGACGCAUGGAGUGCUUCCAUCAGCCCGUGGCUGCCACAGAGAUCAUCAAAAUGGACUACCAGGUGAUUGCUGGCGGCCAUGGCGAUACCGACAUUAACUUUACGCUCAUGGAUCCCACGCGCAAGCUGCUGGCCGCCGACAAGAAGAGGGACAAGGGCAAUAUGGAGCAUGUGGCCGAGGAGACGGGCGUCUACCAGUUGUGCUUCGACAACACCAUCAGCACCUUCAGCCAGAAGAUUGUGUCGUUUUCACUGGAGGUGGCACCCGCUGACCACGAGGAGCAGGAGGUGCGCGAUCUGCGCAAGGAGAUGCUCACCGAUUACCACUUCGAGACGAUCUUCACCGGUCUCAGUGACUACAUCAACAAGGUGCAGGUGAAUCUGAUGCGCUCGCGGCAGACACAGGACUACAUACGGGCGCACGAGGCACGCGAUCGCAAGCUGGCCGAAUCCAACUACGAGAUGGUCAACAAUUGGUCGUGGGCCCAGUUCCUGGCCAUGAUCUUUGUGGGCAUGCUGCAGGUCUUCAUGCUGCGCAGCAUUUUCAGUACCAAUGGCACGCUCCACAAGCUCUGGCAGCGUUUCUAAACGGGAGUUUUUCUGAUGAUUUGUGUGUGUUGAAUAAAGUAAAAUUAGCCAUGGAAA